AUGCAUUUCCAUCCCUGCGACGUUGAUCUGAAGCUCCAUCUCUUUUUCAUUCUUGGUCUCAUAUGCUUCGUGAGCAACAGCGCUUAUGCUGUACCAGUCCCUGGCGAGAAUGGAUCAAUCGUCCCCGUUUCCAACCCAGCGCAUCUUUUCGCUCCCGUCCAAGUCGACUUCACGAGGGACAGUGAGAUUUCUAACCCCCCACCAGAAUUAGCCUCGGCAUUCAACAUUUUCCCUGAUGGCGCCGAGAAACACAUGGACGCUCACAUCGUUCCAAACUUUGACAUGGUUGCACAAGCCUCUGCACGCAGACUGUUGAAUAUUGCCGCAGAGCAUUUCCGUUUACCGGGAAUGUAUGUUACCAAGUUUAGAGGCUUCGCCGAUUGGAAGGACAAAAAGAUUCCUUUCAAAGUCACGUUUCCCAAAGGAAGUCUACAAGUGGAAAUGUCCCUCAUGGGGCGUGACGGGACGCUGACUGGGAGUGGUAUCAGCUUGAAGAUAGAACGUGGCCGACUGAUUCCUGCUGAAUAG